CAUUCACCAAAUAACGAAAGAAAAAAAAACCCACUGAUACUCUCACUCUCAGCUCCAAAAUGUCAUCCUCAUGGCUUUUACAGUCCUCCUCAGUAGCAGCGACGGCGUCGUUCCGCGGCCAAUUCCCCAUUACUUCACCGUCCGUAAGACUCACUCCGCCGUCCGGAAAAUCUGGAGUUGUGAGAGCCGUCAGCACUACUGAAGAAAUAGUGCUGGUGGACAAAUCAGAAUCAGAAAAAACCCAUCGGCUUAAAACCACUUAUCUUGAAAAAAUUGUUCCGUUACUUAUGGAAGAAUUUUCUUACACUAAUAUUCAUCAAGUUCCGAAAAUUGAGAAGAUAGUAGUGAAUUGUGGGAUUGGAGAGGCUGCACAGAAUGCCAAGGGUUUAGAAGCAGCAAUGGGUGAUUUGGCUUUGAUUAUAGGACAGAGACCUAUUAAGACAAGAGCAAGAAACUCUGUUGCCACCUUUAAAAUUAGGGAAGGUCAACCGCUUGGAAUUGCUGCCACUCUCCGUGGAAAUGUGAUGUACUCGUUUUUAGAUCGUCUUAUUAAUCUUGGGCUUCCCAGGACAAGGGAUUUCCAAGGUGUGACAGCCAACAGCUUUGAUGGACAUGGGAAUUACAGCGUUGGAGUUCGCGAGCAGAGUGUAUUUCCCGAAAUCAGGUAUGACGCACUUGGUAAGCCAAGAGGAAUGGACGUCUGCAUUACAACCACAGCUAAAACUGACCAAGAAGGCCAGAAGCUGUUGGCACUCAUGGGGAUGCCAUUUAGAGUAAGUACUGGUGGUGCCACCACUUUGCUGCGCAAGAAGAAGUUGAAGAAGCAUCACUUUGAUGCUAAAAAGGGGCGUCGAUAAGGAAAAAUUUUACUCGUUACUUGUGUUUGGCCAUUUCUACUCAUAUGUAGUGUUUUUGUAUCUUGUCUUGGGUCUAAUCCAACGUGAAAUAUUGCUAUCAAAUGUGCCUUUUUUCAUCAAGUAUCUUGCAUUGUUCGUCGAUCGGUGUAUAAAUAUUGAGGAAAGAUGAAGAGAACUGUUGUAUCUA